AAAAAAAAUACAAACAAACACAAACAGAGGAUGUGGAUGAGACGAGAUAUGAAACGAUUAAGCGAAAUCGAUUUAAUCACCGAGAAAUGGGGGAAAAAAUAUCUUCGAACCCGAUCCCUCCUCCUCAACCCUCUCUCCACCCGCUCGUAUUACUCGCCCCCGACUCCAUAAACCCUCACCUCCUCAACAAGCGCCGAACCCUGACCCUCCUCCGCGCGAUGGAAGGAUACGGAGGAGGCGGCGCCGCCUCGAGGUCGGCGGCAGCACCCGGCGAUGGGUGGGAGGCGGCGGCGGCGGCGGCGGCGGAGGAGGAGGAGGAGGAGGAGGAGGAGCGCUUCAGGGGUUGGGAGAUGGUGGCGGAUGGAAUCGGCGGCGGCAUCGGCGGAGGAGGAAGCUUCGACGAUUGCGCCAUCUUCCCCCCUAGCCUCCAUGAGGGUCUCCACCUCCGCGCCGAGAGUAACCAAGCCCUAGUUCCUCUUCUUCACCAGGAGCCUUCGCAUUCGGGGAGAGUAGAGGAAGAGGAACUGGAGGAGGAGGAGGAGGAGGAGGAGGAGGAGAGGGAGGAAGAGGAGGAGGAGGAGAGGGGGCCUCUGGUGCGGAGGGGUUUUUCGGAUUCGGCGAGGCAGAUUUGGGACUCGGGGAUUGAGGUGAUCCAAUCCAAAAUUUCUCUUUGCGGUGGUGUCGUUGGCGGUGUGUGCGCGACGGGGGCGGGGGUUUGGUCGGUAGCCGCGAUGUCCGUGUUCGCUGGGGUUUUGAUGUAUAUGAGACGCAGGGACCGGCGGGAGAGGGAUCUCCUCCUCCUACUAGUUCAGGAGAAGGAUAAGAAAAGAGUGGUUAAUCACCUGGUGCUCUAUAUCAUUCCAAAGAUGUCAUUGACAUCUCUGUGAUUCUUCACAGAGAGGAUAACCCAACUACUGCAUCAAAUUGCACUGAUGAAUGCCGUUAAUCCCGCAAUUCAUCAAGUUUCAAUUCUUCGGAAGUUCUGAUCAGUUCUGCGAUAUUGAUGGUGUUUGAUGGAUCACAGAUUAAGCUUUCAAGUAUCAAUGUAAUUAUUUUUGUUGAUCUAACUUACGGUUAUCAUAUGUUGUUGUAGUAACUGGGUGAUACUAUAAUUGAAACAAUGAAGACUAGGAUUUAAUAGCGAAGAUAGUUUAUUGCUGAUUGGCGAAGUGAUUUUUAUUUCGUAAUUAAUUCAGCUAAUUAUUUACAGAA